AUGGCAACCCAGAAUUAUGGUGAGCAGAGAAUUGAUAUUGAAGACAUACCACCAAUUCCUACUAAUCAAACUUCUUCGAGCUCAUCAAGUGGUGACCCAUCUGAUCCUGGUUUAACAUUUAUUCAUAUUCUGUUCGUUCUAAGCGUGAUCCAGGUUGUAGCAUCCCUCGUGGGUUUGUGGGUGUCCAUAGUUUAUGAGCAUCCAGACUACGAACUGAUUUCAUGGGUUGUGGGCUAUGCUUCUGGCUGUGCUGUAAUUGUAAUAUUUCCUCUUCUUUACUUCCGAUGUCACAUCACAAGCACCUUGAAUCUGCGUCAACGUAAAGUGAUGACAGGCUUCUGGAUAACCAUGAGCUUCUUCUUUCUAGUGUGGUACGGUUUGGGUAUUGCAUUCUUUGCUGGGGGUUCUUCUUCUAACCAUGGUGCACCCAGAUUGGAAACGUUACUCGUUGUGUUGCUUUUUGUUGGCUGUCUACUGAGUGCAUUGCCAGCCAUUGCAUUAAUUGUAGCAUUCUGUGUGUGUUUGCCUUGUUUGAUUUGGGUAAUACUGGAAUCUGCGAAGGAAAAAUCUAGAGGAGCCAGUACCCCAGAUUCCCUUGGUGCACUGCCUACCUGCAAGUUUAAAUCAAAGGAAAGUGGAGGAAGAUCAGGUGACGAGGGUGGAAUAGUCUUGGCCGCAGGAACAGAAAAGGAGCGCACCUUAUCUGGAGAAGAAGUGGUUUGUUGCAUUUGCUUGAGAAAAUUUGCAGACAAUGAUGAGGUGCGGGAGGUACCAUGCUGCAGCCAUUUCUUCCAUGUGGGGUGUCUGGAUAAAUGGCUGAAGAUCAAAGCACGCUGUCCUCUCUGUCAAUCUCAGCUUGGCGUGGCUGCUGAGGGUGUAACAGAUGCCACCCACUCCAGUGACAAUCCAAGUUAG